GAGAGGGAGAGAGCCCGAAGUCACUUAACUCAAUUCAAUUUUCACGUAUACGAUGUUGGCGCGCGCGAGUGUGUGAGUGCGGGAGUCGAUUAACUUGGCAUGUUUGCUUCUCGAAUGAGGCAAAUCGUUUCAGUUGUAAAUUGACGUUUGAGUUAGUUAGUGUUUUUUGUAACAUUAUAAACACAUUAUUCCGGGGCCAUUCAAGGUGCAUAUACAGGCGCUUUCGGUAGCUGUAUGGGAGCAAUUUAUCAUAGGCAUCCUGGUGAAGUGGGUGCAUAUUGUGCGCGCGCGCAAAUUUUCAAAAGCGGAACAACAACAACAAUUAGUCUUUUGUGACAAAUUCCCGCAGCAUUGGGUAUUCACACAAAUCACAAAAAUUGAGCAGAAAGAGAGACUCUGGUGAAGUGCUUGAUGUCUCCUCGGCGAGCGCUUAAACGAUUGCCGUCGGGAGAUACAUCAUAUGGAUAAUUUGUCACAUCACCACCAAAGAGGCGAACGUUAAUUGUGUGCCAUUCGCGUGAAGUCAAGUGGAGUUGGUUUUUCAUUUUCGACGCGCGGAGGACAGAGGCAGAAAAAACAGCGCGAGCUCCCCACAGCAAACAUUCGAACGAAUAUGGAGUGAUCGGUCCAUUCUGUUGAAGCGACAGUGUCGUCCUCAAUUUUCCCUAAUUGAUUGGAUCAAUAGCAGAAUAGGACGGUGCACAAAAAGUCCACCCGAGUCCUGCCCUCGCCUAUAUUAUCAGUGGUAUAUAGAAUUAAUGGUGGAACAAUUUACAUCGGCAUGUAAAGUGUUUUAUCCAGUGGAUGGUUUUUUUGUGCCGCUCGAGCGGGAGCUGAGAGGACCUCGUGGAAUGGGCGAUGCGUGAUAAUGGAUUUAUAACAAUGGCGCUCAUACAGUUUGCUGUUGACGGCAAUUAAGGAUUCACGCUAUCACAGAAGCGAUAAUGCCCGAGAUCGAGAAGGAGAACAUCCUUGAUCCUGAGAGUGGCUCCCACACACCCAUUUCCGGAGCUGGAACGUACAUCCCGUCACCGUCGUCUGUGACUCCGGCCUCUGACUCGUACACUCCGCGAACUGAUGCCACCAAUUUAGUGGCGGGAAAUCUAAUUGGGACAAAUGAGCCAGACGGCUACAGUGUCGACGCACUGCCGGACAGAGGUGUUUUGCCCAGCCACUGUGUCGCUCUGGAGGCCACGCAGAAUUCGCAGGACAGUGCGGAGGUGAAGGAGCUCACGAGGCCCUUCACGGCGCCCCCGGAAGUCGCGGGGAAGUGCCAGUUGAGGACAAAUUCCGCCCCACUGGGCUCUUAUGGUGAUAUCUUCGACGCCGAGGAGUGCUUGAGUCCAUGCAAAUCCCGCGGCAGUGCAUCAGUGGAGAACAAUUGCAAUAGCUUACAUGAGCCAGAUAGUGUUAGAAUGUGCAGAGAAACAGCGUCAAUUUGUGAUGUGACACUGAAGUCGAACAGCGUGUCCUUGCUGGACACACCUGCAGCUUAUACGUGCUCGGCGGAGGAUAAGUUUCCCACAAUGCCCAACAUUCACACGUGGCAUCCGCACGUGUAUGCCAAGCCGCCCAAGGCGCCAACGCCCCAUUCCAUAGGCGACAUCCUGGGCUGGAAGAGUCCCAAGCGACCCCACAAGUCGUCGCCCAGCUACCCCCAGAUGUCCCAGAUCCUGCACUCGGUCCUCAAGUCACCCAGUCUGGACGAGAGUCAAACAUAUCCCGGUCAGAUGGGCGCAUCCUUUGGCCACAACUUCAUCUCGCGCAGCGAAUCCAUCAGCGAGAUCAGCGAGGACGACAGCGGGAUCAGCGAUCAGCCGCUGAACCUCAGCAUCAGCAAGUCUCGGGACUCCUCGCCGGCGACGAUCGGUGAUGUGAAACACGCGCCGAAGGCGAAAAGAGAUUCAUCAUCGAAGUCGUACAAGAGGAAAAAAUCCACUGAAGUGAGUGAUCAAUUCGCCAACAAUGCUCCACCUGUGCUACCGACUGAUGCUGUGGUCAAGGAUCCGGCAAUGCAAAGCAACCUGAGUCAGGAGGUUGGUGAGGACUCUUGCGAGGAGUCUUCUCAGGAUUCCCGGAGGAAGAAGAAAGCUCGCACAACGUUCACUGGAAGACAAAUAUUCGAAUUGGAGAAACAAUUUGAGCUGAAGAAGUAUUUGAGUUCCAGCGAGAGAGCAGAAAUGGCCAAAUUGUUGAACGUGACGGAAACACAAGUGAAGAUCUGGUUCCAGAAUCGGCGAACCAAGUGGAAAAAGCAGGAUAACAUCUCGAAUUCGGAGGCGGCAGAGCACAAGAAUGCCCCUGGCAAGGGCAGCGACUCCAGGGUCUCGAGCAUCGACAGUCCACCGCCCAGUUCCGCCUCUCCGAGUCCCAUUGCCGGCAAGAGGCACUCGUCGUCACCCAAGGCAGUCACUGUGGCGGCUGAGCUCAGCGCCAAGAUCACGGCCAAGCACAACAGCACGAAAGUUCGCCAAAAUCACCUCAAGUUCGGCCUGCCGGUCAAGGAGGAGAAGGUCCCAUCCAUCGAACUGGACAUCGUGCCCAGUGAGCCGAAGAAGUUGCACACUGGCGCCGGAAGGAUGGCCAGCAUCCUGGCGGAUCACGAUGUCGAGGCCCGCCUGGCGGCGUCCAAGAUCUCGGUGUUCAAGUCCGGCACCACUGUUCCCAUUGUCUCCGUGGGAAUGGCCAGACUGCCGCAACCUCAGCGCCCCUGAAGCCCUGAGGAUCCUGACUCACCCUCGAGUGUCCACAGAGGCGCUCGAGAACUUCAGUAUACGAAUUUAAUUUAUUAGAGUGUAGAAUUAGGUUUAGCCGGAGAACAGUGACUUGAUCCCAUGUUUCUGCGAAGCCAAGUGACUAUCUCUACUGCAUAA